AUGUCAUUCCCAAUGGAAGCUCUACCCCGCAUCGCCUGCUUCCACGGCGGCGGAUCCACAGGCGCCAUCUUCGAGAUGCAAUGCGAGCAAGUCCGUGACCAAUUCGCGUCCACGUUCGAGCUCGUUUUCUUCGACGCGCCGUUCUAUCGAGAUGCCGGUCCGGGCGUGCUCCCCUUCUUUGUCCCGGAGAAGUGGGGUCCUUAUCGGACGUGGUUCAAGGGCAAUAUCUUGCUUGGGACCGAGAAUGGGGAUGGGAGGGAUGUGGAUGGGAAGGGAGAAGGCGGUAUUGAGAGGGUUCUGAGACUCAUUGCCGAUAAGGGGUGGGGAGGCGACUGGGUUGGGUGUAUGGGGUUUAGUCAGGGUUCGAGGAUUGUGGGAGGACUGCUUUUGGAUCAGCAGAGGAGGAAGGAGUUGGGGUUGCCGAAGGCGGAGGGGGAUAUUGAUUUCCAGUUUGGGGUUCUGUGUAUGGGUGCUGGUCCUCCUAUGGUGUCUGAUAUCUCGUACAUGGCUGAGGAUGAUGGAGUGAUCAAUACUCCGACUUUUCAUCUUCAUGGUACCAAAGAUGCUCAGUAUGAGAAUGGGAAGAAGCAGAUGAAAACGUACUAUGACCCAAACUCGGUUAAGUCGAUGGAUAUCGAUUAUCACCACGCUAUGCCGUGGCAUAGAGCAGACCUGGUUAAGUUCUGUGAUGCCGUAAGGCAAAUAUACAAGGAUACGAAGCCGAAGCUUGAGAGAUAA